AUGAAACGAAGAAUCUCUCCAGUCAUUGAACCUCCUGGUAAAAUUGUGGAAGUUGAAACAAAUUGCUCAAAAUUUACUAAGGUAAAUAAAGCCGGCGUUGCCGUACCGUUUUCGAGCGAAUUCAAUACUGGUGCAACCAUUACUGAUGUACCGAUGGAGUGGGCUGAAGAAUGGCCCAACUUGGAGUUCGACGGAAAAGAUAGGCAUUUCACCUUGGAUUUGUCGUCAUGGAAACAAUGCAAAGUGUUGAACGUUGAACAACUAGAAAAUAAGCGUGUGAAAGUAAUUUUGGAGGAUAAACGUUGCAAAGAAAAAGCUGUAUGCCACCUUCUACACCCAUGGAACACGAUUGAAGGUAUUGAACCAGGGCUCACAGUAUCAGUGUUGGCCACCAAAGAGCACGCCAACUCCGAACACUUUAUAGUGAAUACUGACUGUGGGUUUUUUGUUACGGAUCCGGACAUAUUAGUGUCCGGUACCACAGUAAUGAAUUCAUUGUUUUGCCAGCGUCGGGGAGUUUUGCAGGAAUUAUUUCGCAUUCCAGGACUGGAAAAUGCCCAGAUGGUUAUUGGAACGUUAGCACAUUGCAUUUUUCAACGGUGUCUUUUAGAUAAAUCUUGCAAGUCCCUAACAGAUGUGCAAACAAUUGCUGAACAUGUUAUGAAAUCACGCAAAAUUAUUUCCUCCUUGUAUGCAGCGAAGAUGAGCGUCAAAGAAGCGUUUUGUUUAAUCGAUCCAUAUCUUAAGGAAAUAGAAACCUUCAUAAAAACGCAUCUUCACCUCCGACUAAUACAUAAAAUUAAACCUCCAGCUGAUUCUGAUAAAAUUUCGAUAUGCGAGAUAAUUGACAUCGAGGAAAACAUCUGGUGUCAUCAAUUAGGAAUAAAGGGCAGGAUCGAUGCAACGGUGUCCGUAGCGCGUGAUAAUGUAGCGAAACAUUGUGAAACAAUGCCAUUGGAAUUAAAAACUGGGUCUGAAAGCAAAUCGUUCGAACACAUUGGACAGCUAGCAUUAUACGAAAUGAUGAUGGAACUCGUUGGUCACGACGUUAGCGCCGGUCUACUAGUAUACUUGCGAGAAGGGAAAUGUAGGCGUGUAGCAUCGAAUCGCAACAUGAAGCGGGAUUUGAUAAUGUUACGAAAUGAAGUUAGCCGCUUUUUUAGUGUUUGGAUGGUUACAAACGAGAAUGGAAACACCGGUUUAGAGACAACACUGCCGUUGAAACCCACACUGCCCGCACCCAUCAAUAAUGAACGAGCAUGUGCGAAAUGUCAGUACAGCACGGUUUGUGCAGCUUUAUCUAAACGUGAACAUGAGUUUCGCAUCAGUGGCACAUCACAUAAAUUCACGAUGCUGGCAGAAACAGCGUGUGAGCAUCUAAGAAACAGUGAUAUUGAUUACUUCAUUCGGUGGACUGGACUGAUCUAUCUGGAGGUGAAAGAAUCGGCUCAGUCGCACUCUGCACGGAACAUUUGGAAUUUAACACCGAAGGAACGUUCAGAAAAUGGUUGGUGCAUAGCUGGACUUACUCUGCUUACACCGGUGCAUGCUGUAGAAGACCAAUAUUUUCAUACGUUUUCGCUGAAUCUACCUUCCAAUGGUUUUGAUCCUGACGCCGGAAAGGAGAAUACAGUCCCACAAACUAUUGAUUCUUUUCAAGCAGGCGAAUACAUUGUUUGUAGCACCAAUAAGCGGAUUGCCGUUGCAUCUGGGCAUGUUAUUAGUUAUGCCGGUAAUGCACUAGUUGUAUCAUUUGAACGUGACUUAUCGGUUAACUACAGUGGCGAACAAUUCAUUCUGGAUAAGAAUGCGUCAGUUAAAUUGUCGUGUUUUGAUCUGUCCAACUUAGCUAUGCUUCUUAAUAACGACGAGGCAGGGGCACGAAUUCGCAGAAUUAUCAUCGAUCGUGAAAUAGCUACUUUCUCCGAUGGAAUUCUUUGCAAGUCUAUGAUUCCAAAAGCUAAAGAAAUACUGAAACAAUUGAAUCGCCAUCAAAAGGAGGCAGCAUUGAAAGCGGCUGCUGCCGAAACCUACUGUUUGUUGAAGGGUUUGCCCGGUACUGGGAAAACUCAAACUAUUAUUGGUCUUAUAAGGCUGUUAUCACUCUUAGGGCAAUCUGUUCUGUUGACUAGCAACACGCAUUCUGCGGUUGAUAAUAUUUUAAAACGAUUACUUCCCUUCCCAGAGCUAAGCUUCAUUCGGUUAGGACCAAUGGAUCGAAUCGAUCCAUCUGUCAGAUCAUUCGCAGAACCUAUUCUGGCAGAGAAUUGUGAUAGCCCGGAAAAAUUAGCAGAAUUAUACGGGAAAUUUCAAAUCGUAGCGGCGACAUGUAUGGCAACAGGACAUGCAUUGAUCUCUGAACGUGUAUUCGAUUAUUGCAUCGUAGAUGAAGCUACACAAGUUUUUCAAGCUAGUAUCAUUCGUCCUCUGCUUCGCUGUAAGAAAUUCCUUUUAGUCGGAGAUCCAGAACAGCUUCCACCUGUGGUUAAAUCUGCAUCGGCACGGUCUCUUGGAGCUGCAGAAAGUCUGUUUCAUCGAUUGGAUCAAGAAGGUUCCUACUUCAUACUUCCAAAGCAGUACAGAAUGAAUCGUGUUUUAACGAAGUUAGCAAACGAGUUUACCUACAACGGCAAACUGAUAUGUGGAAACGAUGUUGUUGCUAAUGCCACCCUCAAACUACCCAAUCUGCCUACAGUGCGUAGGAUCUACGAAGUCGAGAGGUGGCUAAUGAAAACGAUUUCAAACCAAAUAGACCUUUCGGCUGUCAUUGUGAAUACGGGUAAUACAUAUAAAUUGAAUAUUAAUUAUCAGGAAUUGAAUGAAACAACGUCGUCGUUGAACUGUCGAAAUCGUUUUGCGAAAAAUCUUAUGAAAUAUACAAACAUCUCGGAAGUCGCUCUGGUGGUAUACAUCUGCCAAGCAUUGCUUCAAGCUGGUGUUAAACUUGAAUCUAUUGGCAUUAUAGCACCUUUUCGCGCCCAGGUGGAUUUAAUACAAAGCAAAGUUCGGAGACUUGCGAGCAGACAUCAGACCAGCCCUUUUCAAGGGCCUCUGAUCACGAAUGUAGAUAUGCUUGGGAGUGAAAGGGAAAAAGUCGAAAACUCUGGAUGCACCAUCGAGGUCAACACCGUGGACCAAUACCAAGGAAAGGAUAAAAAGAUAAUAAUAUUUUCCUGCACGAAGUCAAUUGAUCCUGCUACUGUGGCUACUGAUUACAACGCUAAAACAGACAGCAGUGCUAAUGAAAUUUUAAACGACAAACGGCGACUAACCGUUGCGAUCACUAGAGCACAAGAGAAGUUCAUUAUUAUUGGCGACAGGACGACACUUGAUUCGUACAGUACUUUCAAAAUGUUAUUCAACGUAGCAAGCAAAGCAAGCCACAUUCAUGUAGUAGAUAAAAAAGAUGGGUUUGAAUGGACUAAUGCAUUUGAAUUGCUUACUACUUUGUCCGAGUAA